CUGCCGAAUUUUUUUUUUCUUCAAAAAGGUCCCUCGAAAAAGUCGAAAAGCUGGCUAUCGUCUAUGCAACCCCGCCUCUUUCGCCAUCGGCGCAUCGGUCAGCCUUGGAAGGGCCCAUAGCAAGUCUAAAGGGCCGCUCCCAGGUGAUGGAGAGCAAUGAUCCUCGACGCAGACAGAGCCAUCCUUCAGGAUACUCAAGCCAGCAGGGACUCCUGCAGGCUUCGUCACAAUACCCAGCAACCAGCGUGCCGGACAGGUUUCGGUCGACGCAGCUGGGUAUCCAGUCGCCAACCUCGGCACCAACCACAGCGCGAAGCGGGAACCUUCAGAGCUACAGCUACGGUUAUGGGGAGAGCAGCUCCUUUGCCGGCUCUUCCAUGACCCCAGGCUCGAUCUCCUAUCAGUCAGAGUACAGCCAAGACACCCAGCGGCAGUCCCAGUCUUACGGCCAGUACAGCUCAAACAUGAUUUACAAUGUGCCCAGCCAGCAGUCGGCCCCGUCGCAGUCGCCGUAUGAGAGUGUGCAACAGUAUCAGCAACCGCGCCAGACGGCUGCGCUCGACGUCCUUCCCAAUCAAUUUGGCGUCGCACAGCCAUACUAUGCCGCUGGAGAAGGUGGCCCGACAAGCGCACCAGUCGCUGCGAUGGGAACGCAAAACCCUUCGACGCAAUACUCCCAAAUGUCUUACGGUUCUCAACCCUCGGUGACCCGCGAAUCGAUGCAGUCCACAUACGGCAUGACGGGCGCACAUCAAGGCUCGCAGAGUGGCUACGGACAGUCUGGUUUCUCCGUGAGUGAGCUGGAGGCGGCUUACAGCCAGUACCAGACUGAGCUCAAGAAGACAUUUGAAGCCAUACGAGACGGCAGAUUGACGGAGGCGGGUAACUCUUUAGUCUCUAUCUCGGAAUGGUUACUGGGCAACGCAGAAGCUUUGGGACUAGUGCGUGACGACGAGCAACUGCACGCCGAUCGACUCAAACUUUGGGAGCAAUUUAACACUGCGUGGCUCUCUGCUUUGCAGACGCAGCGAGACAUGACCGUCGACAUGAUCGACACGGGGCAACGACCUCAGUCUCCACGUACAAUGAUGGACAGCCAUCAGAUGGAGUCGAUGGGGAAGGAACUGGUUGAACUUUGCGAUCUCAUGGAAAAGCAUGGCCUGGUAGAUUAUCAAAUGGGAGUUUGGGAAGAGGACAUCAUAUCGCUCCUGAACAGCUGUCUUGACUUGCUCGAGGAUUAUGACGCAUCACGAUCAAACUCCAAUCAGCUUCGAAGAUGAAAGACGGUCAAGAGCCAGGCAUUUUCAGCCUUUUCAGACCAGGCCUGUUUUUUUUUUUUUCAUUCCUCCGCCAUGCGGUGUACAUACGACUUGAUUCAUAACUGGUAUUUGAAGAGCAUGAAUUACUCUGCAGGAUAUUAUUUUUCUCCAUUUAAUGUACAACUACGGCAUGGAUGCGAAUUGCAGUCAUGAUUACGGGGCAAUGUUUUUACAAUAAGUUUACGGCAAAGAAUAGGAUCAUUGGGAAAGCAUGACUGGAGUUUUUUCCACUGCGAAAGAAUGGGAGGGAAAAAUAAAAAGAAAGUCCUGCUGUCGGGCAUAAUGUCAGAAAGGGGUGGGGGGGAAUGUAUGACAAAGGACGCUCCGGAACGAUUUGUCGUGUAAGCACUUCAAGCUCGCUCAACCGCUUGGAUUGUAACACCAUAACCUGUUUUCUGUAU